CAGAAUCUACAGGACACAGGCACCGCCUCUGCUCUACUCCUAUUGGCUGCUGCAAGUGACCAAUCCAAGUGCUCCUUCCAGUGUUUAAAAGAUAGUGGAGGUGAAGCUGGAUUGAGGAGAGAGUGAGAGAAAAAAAGAGGAGGAUGAGUGAAGAGAGGGUGAGUGAGAGGAAGAGGAGAAGAAGAGAGAUGGUGUUGAGUGUUCUGGGAUUAGUGCUGCUUUUAUAUGUCGCUGUGCAUCUCAUCUUCUACACAACUACACACUCUUCUCUACAACAUCACAGAGUCCGACGUGCACUGGACAAUGAGAGCGGCUGUGUUCCUCCUCAGGCCUCCGAGUUUCCCUCAGGAUUCUUUACAUUACAGGAGCGAAAAGACGGAGGGAUAGUUAUUUAUUUCAUCAUCAUCUUCUACAUGCUGCUUGCUGUCUCUGUGGUGUGUGACGAGUAUUUUAUACCCUCACUCGAAGUCAUCAGUGACCGCCUCGGUCUCUCUCAGGACGUCGCAGGGGCCACCUUCAUGGCUGCCGGAAGCUCCGCCCCUGAACUCGUCACCGCCUUCCUGGGUGUGUUUGUGACUAAGGGAGAUAUCGGUGUGAGUACCAUCGUCGGCUCUGCUGUUUAUAACCUGCUGGGAAUCUGUGCUGCAUGUGGCCUUUUAAGCUCAGUGGUUAGUCGUCUGAGUUGUUGGCCGUUGUUCAGAGACUGUAUCGCCUACGCCAUCAGUGUUACUGCAGUCAUCGCCAUGAUCUCCGACAACCAGGUGUACUGGUAUGACGCGGCGUGUUUGUUGCUGGUGUACGGUGUGUAUAUCGUGGUGCUAUGUUUUGAUGUGAGGAUCAGUGAGUACGUGUUGCGCCGUUUCAGUCCGUGUUGUGUGUGUUUGGGGAAGAGAGAGGAGGAGCUUUCAGAGAGACAGCCCCUUAGUGGGUGGAACCUCGACCAGGACAACGAUGAUGUUACAAAUCUGCGAGUAUCCCGGCGUUCGCGUACAGACAGCGGCAUCUUCCAUGAAGACUCAUCAUACUCACACCUCUCUCUGAGUCUUCACGGUCUCUCAGAUACACCCCACGAACCCCACAGUGUGUUCCGGAUGCCUGACAGUGAUGUAAAGCGGAUAUUUUGGGUUUUGUCUGUUCCGGUGUUGGUGCUGCUGUACGUUAGUGUACCUGACAGCAGGAAACGCUUCUGGAAGAAGUUCUACAUGCUGACAUUCCUCAUGGCUGCUGUGUGGAUCGCUGCCUUCACCUAUGUCCUUGUCUGGAUGGUCACCAUCGUGGGAGAGACACUGGAGAUUCCUGACACAGUGAUGGGACUAACACUUUUAGCAGCAGGAACCAGCAUCCCAGAUACGAUUGUCAGCGUGAUGGUGGCACGAGAAGGUAAAGGAGACAUGGCCAUGUCCAACAUUGUGGGCUCAAACGUGUUCGACAUGCUGUGUCUGGGGCUGCCGUGGUUUAUAAAGACGGCGUUUGUGAACCCGUCGUCUCCGGUGGUGGUGAACAGUACAGGUCUGGUCUUCACCACCUGCUCGCUCCUUGUCUCCAUCCUCAUCCUCUUCAUCGCCACUUAUAUAAAUGGCUGGAAGUUGGACAGGAAACUCGGUGCUGCCUGUUUAAUCAUCUACAUCGUCUUCGCCACGCUGUCCAUCCUGUACGAGCUCGGGAUCAUCGGUAACAAUCCGAUCCGCUCCUGUGGCGUCUAACUGACCUCAGAUAAGACCCUGGAACACUGCACCUCAAAAACUACAGCAUGGAGGACUUCUGAUCUCAGAUCAACAUCAACAUUAAUGAUUGCAUCUACCAAAUCAUUUAUUUAAAAUCACUGACCUCAGAUUAGCUGCUGAACCUGCACACACACACACACACACACACACACACACACACACACA